UAAGACGUCAAUCCUGCUGCUCAUCCUUCUCUUCAGUAUCGUAUUUGCAUAGUAGUAAGUCCAAAUUACCGAGUUUAACACAUCAUCACUCAAGCACGCAAGUCGGCCAUCUUUCACAAGGACGUCAAUGUCGGGUUGUCGAUAUCAUAGCUCCGAAGUUCUUCGUCCGUACGUAGUCAUCGCGUCAGCGCCAAGAGGGACAUCACCUUUGAUAAAUAUACAAUCACUUCCUAGCUUCAACUUCGACUUCUACCUGUUGUGAUCAUAGCAUUGUAGGCCUGUAAUACGGCUAAUCUGCGUAGUUAUUUACAAUGGUGCAUAUCAAGGCAAUUAGGGCUGCUAAUGCCGAGUUGAAGAGCUUGGGUCCUGGCCUUGUUGCUGUCUUCGUUGGCGGUACGUCUGGAAUAGGCGAAACCACGGCUCGUGAAUUCGUUCGCCAGACAGACUCUCCGCGAGUCUACCUAAUCGGCCGAAACCAGACCCAGGGCACGAAUCUGAUCUCCGAAUUCAAGACCAUCAAUACCAAAGCCACCGUAAACUUCAUUCAGGCCGACGUAUCACUUCUCAAAAACGUCGACGCCGCCUGCGCCGAGGUUACGUCGCAAGAGUCACACCUGAACCUCCUCUUCCUCAGCCCCGGUCUCCUUACCAUGCGCGGCCGCACCGAGACCGCCGAAGGUCUGGACGCAAAAUUCGCCCUGCACUACUACGCCCGCCUGCGGUUCGUCACGAAUCUGUUACCGCUACUUCAGAGUGCCCCAGAGCCACAGAAACUCUCUCGUGUCAUCUCCGUGCUCGCCGCCGGCCUCGAAACAUCCCUCAACAUGGCCGAUCUCCAGCUCAAAAACGCCUACACGCUGAAGGCAUGCGCCGACCACGCGACCACCAUGACAUCACUCUCUCUCCGCCGUCUCGCUCGACAGUACCCAACGACGAGUUUUAUCCACUCUGCGCCCGGAGGUGUGAGGACGAAUAUUGCACGUGACAUGAACCCCUUAAUGCGACUGGGCAUGAAUCUGGUUACUCGCCUGCCUCUUCCGAUGAUUGUCAGCCUGCGAGAUAGUGGGGAUAGACACUUGUAUGCCGCCACAAAUGCAGCAUUCAAGGCGGAUGGCAAGGCGCACCUAAUUGGUUGGAGUAAUGAACCAAGUGCGAACGAGACUGUGCUCCAAGAGCAAGAGGGAUCUGGGAUAAGUGAGGAGGUGUGGAAGCAUACAGAAGAAGUCUUUGAGAAGGUGCAGAAUGAGGGAAAAUAUGAUUCGUGACACUCGAUGGUUCUCUCUGCUUUCAUUUGUCUGCAAGCUACGUUGGUGUUUGAAGACAUACGAGUUUCGUUACUAUUUCGAAAAGGCGUAGAUGUAUCAUUCAUAUCAUGGACAUGACUAUAUGCAACGAACAAUAUUGGGUAUCAUAUCAAACUCACACACGGAAUGU